AUGAGCAAUUUCACAACGCCGACCAUGGCGAAGACCUCCACGGAUGAUAUGCAGCAGCGCACGCCCUCGAUCUAUCCCAGCGAGAGAGUGCGCAAGCUGUCGCGGCGCGAGUCAGCGCUGCCGCUAUGCAUGUCCCGCGCUCAGCAUGAGGCACGCCGUCAGUCCACUUCCACCUACUCGGCCAGCAGGCGACGCAGCCACCGUCCCAGCUAUUCGUAUGGUAACCCAAAUGUCGUUGCACUCGUAUCACCGGCGGCAAACGCCUGGGGCGCUUUGCUGAGCUGCUCCGAGGUGGCCACCGACGUGGGGCGGGCGAUCCAGAUGUGCUCCUUCUACCCCAGCAUGCGUAUCAACGGCACCGCCUUCGAGAACUCCCUUAACCUGGCUCACCGGCAGAGUAUGCACGUUACUAAUAGCUCAGUCGGUAUGCUUUCUCACGGUCGGGUGGGGGUUGGCGACGCCAACAGCAGCAUUGUUUCCAUCGUGCAGGAUGAUGGGGUGGCCCCGCGUGCCAUGAGCAUAAGUGCGGUGCCUGAGUCUUCUGCAACGCUGCGGGAAGCGAUGGAGGAAUCGCGCUCCAUGCUCGAGUUGAGUCAAGGCAGCAUUCUCGCUGCGUCUACUGGCGGCGCUGGGGUGCCUAGCAGUGGCCGCAACUCUCUCUCCACCGUAGCAGAUGCUGCUGCGCGCACUGUCGCGCUCACGGGCAGCAGCAACAUGGUGCAGAUGGCGUGUGCCAUGAAGCGUGCUGCGAUGUGGGAGGUGUUAGUGGUGACUGCCCUAACUCACAGGGAAAUGAAGCUCCGCUUCCGCCGCCAGCGGCUGCACCGAGCGCUAGAGCGCCACCUUUUGCCCACGCUGCUGAAGCGCAAGGCCGAAACGGGGUCGGUGGUUCCCAAGGGUGCUCGCUCAAAAUACACUUCGAACACCGGCAGUGACCAUUACACCAGCCGAGGCGCUCCGGGCGAAGAUGCCAACCCUACCCCUCAAGGCACCUACCUCCGCGACCACAACGCCUUCUUUGACUCUCUAAACAACGCCGCUCUCCUCCAAUGUUUCGCUGAGACUAUGCUGCGGCAACGCUUCCUGCCAGGCGACAUCAUUGUAAAGGCUGGCGACUCUAGCCAGAAGGCCAUGUAUUUUCUCAUCUCCGGCAAGUGCGAGGUGUGCACGGAACGGGGGCGGCAGUAUGGCAACAACGCUGAACCAGCCGACGAGGCGAGCGCCAUGAAUGAUAAUGCGCGACACCAUCAACUGAAAACUGUCGGCGGGGCUGCGUCCCGACCAACCAAGGAAGUGAUCAUGGCCGGCACCUCUUUUGGUGGCGUGUUUGGUGGCAGCGCUCUCUUCGCUGGCACCUACCGCGCGUUGUCACAGUGCAUCAUGUGGGUACUGCGCGCCGAGGACUUUGAGGACGUCUUUCGCUCGUUUGCAGACCGCGUGAUGCUGGACAAGUACAAGGAAGAGGUGCGACAGCAUAGUCUGUGGUGGCUGCAGCAGUGGUACCACCCGGCCAAGUGCUAUGGAUCCAUCCCCAUUUACCGUAAGCUCACGAAGCGCAUGUCCGCCUACCUAGGCGACUUUAUCCCCAUUGUAAAGGUGCGCGGUGAGACAAUCUUCUCCCACGGUGACGUUGCUGGUGACGUGUACUGCAUGCUCGAGGGAACAGUUCUGCGGCGGACAAAAGAUGCAGCAGGAGCUUACGGAGACAACGGCGUUGCGCAGCGUCUGGGCACCAAUUCCUUCACCGCGCUCAAUGUUUCAGGCCGCUACCUCAUGCUGGGUGAGGAGCCGCACCUGAUCCCUGGGGUGCAACCGUACACAUGCACCGUCAGCAGCCGCGUAGCGCUCUUUUUCAAGAUACCUGGCGAGCGGUUUGUGGACGCGCUGCUCGACGACCCGUUGCUCUACGCCCAGCUGCGGGGGCAACUGAUGCAACGGCGGCAGGACAACAUGCGCCUUCACCCCGAGUGCCUUGCCCAUGUACCGCUGCUGCAGCGCUUCCCCGCCGAGAAGCGUGCAGAGCUUGUGCAGUACGCGCGCCCACACUUGAUAAACCGCUCCGUCUCGGUGUGCGAUCCGGCGCAGCACCUCUCUGACCUUUUCAUUAUCGUGAGCGGCAGCGUCCGUGAUCCGCGGCACUGCAGCCAGAAGGCUACCAAGUCCCUCGAGGUGCCGGCCUCGUGCGAGGUUGAAAAUCCGGAUGGUACGCCAGGCGAGCACGGUGGCGGCGCCAAUGCACACGGCAGAAACAGCAAGACAGAUGGGCGCCACCAUGGCAGUAUGGGCCGGCAAUCAGGGCACGCAGCAAAGCGGGACACAGCUCUCACUUCUAGUCCUGGAGUUGUUGACUCUAUUGGCACCGCCAAGCAGCGCCUUCAUAACAGUCCUCGUGAGGAAGACGCAGUGCGGCGCAGCACCGGGACCCGCCUCUCCGAGGUUGUGGCUGGCGAGGCGGCGGAGGCGGAGGCAGAGGUGGAGGAGCAGGAUGGCGUAGAGUGGAACUUCUCUUUUCGCGAUGCGUCGUUUUCGACAUUAGCGGCGAUAAUGACAUCCCCGAACAACGCUGUGAGUCUGAAGGCAAGUGGGACCCUCAGCGCAGUCUCGGACACUGUGACGUCGGCGCAGCUGCUCCAACAGCUGCUGGAAUCGGCACCCCUCAUCUAUCCGGACGAGUCGGAAGACAUCAAUCCAGCGCUGCCAGUGCAGCCAAGCCGCCGCCUCGCCUCGGCCCUGGCAGGCAGCUGGGAGGCCCUUCUCUUGGAGAAGUGGCCCAACGGGUGGGAGUCAGUGACGACGGUGGAGAUGUGGGCCAUUCCAACACGAAUGCUGCGCCUCGUGUACAAUAGCUGCCCCAAGCCUGUACAGCUGUCCAUCUUGAACGGGUUACGGCAGGCACAGAUGGAGGACCUGCAGCUGCCCACUCUCCCCCACACAAAGCUGCCACCGAUGAGCACCUACACUCAGUAUGGGGAAGCAGGGGUGGGGGCAGCGGUCACAGCCACGAAGGAAAGGGCCGCGCCGCGGACAAAAGGCUUCAGUCGGCGAGGGGGUGACAGGAGGAUUACCUCGCCGUCACUUAGUGGUUGUACUGCAGGGAUAAACAGCGAGGAGGGCGGGAUAGUGGAGGCAGGGGUGCAGCACUCGGCUGUCACGCACAGCACUGAUCCGAAGAAGUCGUCUGCCCGCACAGCCGCGGUGAAGCCUGUCAGUGACGAAGCAAAGGGAGAGGUGCGUCUACUCAUCCCUGCUGCUUCCAGAGGCACGGCACAGGGGCCGACGCGACCGCUUUCAAAGCGGAAGACCACCCCACCCACCAGCCGUACCGAGGCAGACGCAAUUCACCACGCACCGUCGCGCGGGGACGUGGUGCCGGCGAAUGCGUCGGCGUGCCGGGCCCAGAACGCUCAGGCGCGCAGCUUGCGGCGACUCCGCGAGGCAGCCACCGAUCGGGGUGUCAUUAAGGUAGUCCCCGCAGAGCCCACGGUAGACCCCGCUUUGCUAGCAUGCUACGAGGGCGUGAGAGGGGCCGCCGAUCCACUAAUGCUGCGGAUCGUUCGCGACCCGGCGGUGGUGCCACCGCCGUGGGGCACAAGCGGCGUGAUGCCGGCGCCUACCUCGAUCACAUCAGCACAACGGCUUCCACCGAUUGCACCGUCUUCUGAAGCCGCCCCGGCGGAGGCGUGGCCAACUCUUACUGCGGCGCGGGAUCGUUGGUUCCAGGCUGUGCCAUCGUAUGAGCCCUUGCCAGGGACGGUGCACGCGGCGCAGACGCUCGCGUCGUCGCCGGUGUUUGCGCCGAACUCGACUGUCCUGGCGUCCGCCCACAUCUCCCCCAUCCGCCAGCAUGGCAAAACGCUGGAGGGCUACGUGGCCUACUAUUCCGCCGCUGUCUCUUCAGCUCGCGCUGCCAACAGGGCAACACGUAGCGAAACGGCGGCUGCCGCACCCGUUACCGCUUCUACGCGCUCUUCAUCGCAGACGGGGCUAGGCAUCAGCCGCAAUCAUUUGCCGAAGCGCCGCGCCUACGCCGUGUGA